CCCAGGUAUCCCCCAGGGGGAGUAAGGGGCUCUUUUGGAAAAACAAAGGUGGAAGCAAAUUUCAGGAAGUGAAGUUUGGCAAUAAAAUCUCGAAUGAUUUGCGAUCCAUAUAUUUUCAGGUUUUCCUAAUUAAAGCAAUGACUUUCCGCCACGCCUCCAACCUGAAAUCACCAACUUGAUUAGAGAAAUUGAUUUUUCUUUUUCUUUUUUUCCAAGAGAGUUCAUCUGAUCAUUUUAGCCUGCCACUAAUGAUAGAGAUUUUAGGGCAAGUUAACCACAGUUUUACAAGACUCCUCUUCCCGCAGCGUUGGGCAUUGUCAUGCCGGCCGGCCUCCCGCCCACCUGAGGGGUCUCUCCGCCCCUACAGGGGUUUGUUGUUGAGGAAGGUGAAUCCCCGGAAGGGUUGACGACUCAGCUCAAGGUCAAAACAUCGAGGCCGAGGGCCCUCCAGUUUCUCCUGGUCACCUUUGCUCCUGCUUCUGCUACGACCGUCUGGGGAACGCGUAUUUCUCGUUUUCUUCUGAAGCUGCCAUUUUUGCUUUAGGAGAUGAGUGUUUUCCUUUGGCUGUCUUGGCAAUGACUCUGAAUUAAAUCGAUGCUAACGCCUUCUUCCCCCUAAUUGUUAAAAGCUAUGGACUGCAGAAAGAUGGCCCGCUUCUCUUCCAGUGUGAUUUGGAUCAUGGCCAUUUCGAAAGCGUUUGAACUGGAAUUAGUUGCUGGGCUGGGCCAUCAGGAGCUUGCGCGUCCAUCUCAGGGAGACCUGGCCUUCAGAGAUGACGGCAUUCGGCCCCAGGAGGAGCCUGCGAUUCGCCCUCGGUCUUCCAAGCUUGUGCCGCCUGUGGGGAUACAACACAGUAAGGAGCUAAACAGAACCUGCUGCCUGAAUGGGGGCACCUGCAUGCUGGGGUCCUUUUGUGCCUGCCCACCUUCCUUCUAUGGACGGAACUGUGAGCACGAUGUGCGCAAAAAGAACUGUGGGUCUGUGCCCCAUGACACCUGGCUUCCCAAGAAGUGUUCCCUGUGUAAAUGCUGGCACGGCCAGCUCCGCUGCUUCCCUCAGACUUUCCUACCUGGCUGCGAUGGCCUUGUGAUGGAUGAGCACCUCAUGGCUUCCAGGACUCCAGAACUACCACCGUCUGCACGUACCCCUUUGAUGCUAGCUGGCAUCUGCCUUUCUAUACAGUUACUAUUACUUGACAUUGACCUAUUUCCAGAAAUACGAUUUUAGAUAGCAGGCAAAUUUCAUGACCAGUAAAGGCUGCUGCUACAAUGUCCUAUCUGAAAGAUGAUCAUUUGUUAGUUGUCUUAAAAUAAUGAAUACAUUUCCAAAAUGGUCUCUAGUAUUUCCUUACAGAACCAACGACUUCUUAUCUCUUUGCCCUGCCUCCCCCCAAAAAUCGACUUCUUUUUUCAAAAGAAAGUCAGCCAUAUCUCCAUUGUGCCUAAGUCCAGUGUUUCUUGACACAGUCAUUCUACCAAGGCCUUCUUAAUAUGUUCUUUUAAACAAUUGAAUUAUCUCUUCAGAUUAUUAAAGACUAAUCCUAAUGUGGACCUUAGGAUACAGUUUUGAGUAGAGUUGAUCAAAAUCAAUUAAAAUAGUCUCUUCAAAAGGAAAGAAAGCCUCUUUAAGGGGAGGAACCAGAGUGCUGAAGGAAGGGAAGUCCAUCUGCAUAUGUGUAGGGAGACUGGGUAGGAAGGAGGGAGCCAGUGGGGGAGAGAGGUUGGAAAACAUGAAACGGGUUACUUGAUUGGUGAUUAGAUGGCUGUAGAGAAGCAAGUUAAAAGGCUAAAUGGAAGGGCAAGUUUCCAUCAUCUAUAGAAAGCUAUGUAAGACAAGGACUCCCCAUUUUUUCCCAAAGGCAUUGUAAGAAGAAUGAAGUCUCCUUAGAAAAAAAAUUAUACCUCAAUGUCCCCAACAAGAUUGCAUAAUAAAUUAUGUUUCCUCCAAGCUUUGCAAUUCUUUUAACUGUUGCAGAAGAGAAAAUUUUCACAAUAUACUUAGUUGUAAACCUUGUAAACCAAGUGAUAAAACUACACAUUAUGAAGCUCAUUUUUAAAAUACAUUACAUUUAUGUGUAUGCACAGUAAAAAUGGAGCAUAUAUU